AUGGGCAUGAAGUGCAAAUGGUUCCACACCUAUGAGCAGCUUGCCCACCACUCCAUCACUCUUGGUGAUGACUCCACACUGUCAGUGAACCUUCUGUUAACUGCCAGACUCACCCAUUGUGGCCUCAACACCAAGAUCAUGUGGACUGGAUGCAGAGUCUACAACAACAUCACCCAGCACACUGGGCUGCAGCUGGUGCAGCUCAGCCACAUGCUCAUAGGCAUGCUCCACAUCCUCACUGUCAAGUGA